GAUAACACUCAAAAAUUUUAUGAUGCGGCGACUUGCAGCCAUCUUGCAGCCAUAAAUUCAGAAAAUGUUUCCCAGUGACUGGCGUUUUUAAAGGGAUAAAUUACAUACCCAUCUAUCAAAAAUCAAUGUCAAGUGUUUGUUUUAGAAUUUAAGGCCAGUCAUCAGCUCCUUACUUUCAAGUGUUCUUUUCCGGAUUGCAUUCGCCAUUCGCCUCAUCAUGUUCGUAAAAUUAUUUGUAAUUUGCCAUUUUAUGGUUGCAUGUUAUUCCGACACAGUACAAAGGCCUAGAGGAGUUUCUCUGUCGAUGGUUUCGUUAUAUGCAGUGGAUAAAUACUUCACGUGUUUCGAUGGCAGUGCAACGAUGCCUUAUGAACGUAUCAACGACGAUUAUUGCGACUGUUUAGGUGAUGGCAGCGAUGAGCCCGGUACAUCAGCAUGCCCCAAUGGUAGUUUUUAUUGCAAUAAUAUAGGACAUAAACCUUCGUUUAUACCAUCUUCCAGAGUGAACGAUGGCAUUUGUGAUUGCUGCGAUGGUUCCGAUGAAUAUACCACUGAAACACAAUGCGAAAAUAAUUGCUACGAGUUAGGCCAAGCUGCGAGAGAAGAAGAAGCACGUAUCGUGGCUAUUAUCAAAGAAGGCAGUAAAAUUAAAAAUGAGCUCAGCUUGAAGGGAAAACAAUUGAAACGAGACAAACAAUACAAGCUUUUAGAACUGAUGAAAGAACAAUCCGAAGCGGAAAUUUUGAAAAGCGAAAAAGAAGGUAUUAAAAAUCGAAUUGAAGCCAAAGAGAAAGAAGCUUUAGAUGUGUACAAACAAUUAGAAGAGCAAAAAAGAAAAUUACACGAGGAAGAAGAGCGUUUGAAAAAUGAAAAAGAAGCGCUGGAGACCUUCAACCAAGUGGAUAGUAAUGGAGAUGGAAAUUUGGAUGCCGCCGAAGUAUCAAAAUUAUCGGUAUUAGAUCAGAAUAAAGAUGGAAUCGUAUCAGAAGAAGAAACCAAAGCCAUUCUUACCGGCGAAUCGCAAAUUCCUUUCGAGCAUUUCGUAUCUACCGGAUGGGAAUACAUCAAACAACUAAACAUAGUGAAAAAUAUUAAUUUAGAACAAAAAGAAACUGAAUCGGAUCAUGAUAUCGAAAAAGAGGAAAUUUCCGAAGACCAUCAAGAAUUAAAAGGCGAAAUUGAAGAAGAUGAUGAAGAUAAAGAUGAAUUACCAGAAGAUUCUGAACCUGGUACCGAUGAUGUAGAAUCCGUUCCCGAUGAAGAACCGAAGCAGGAAUACGACGAAGAAACUACUAAAAUUAUCAACGAGGCUAAUGAAGCUAGAACCGGGUUCGAUGAUGCUGUUCGUAACUUGAGAGAUAUUCAACGUGAAAUCAAACAAAUAGAAGAAUCACUUGAAAAAGAUUAUGGAAAAGAAGACGAAUUUGCGUAUCUUGUUGGAGAAUGUUACGAAUAUACAGAUAGAGAAUAUACUUAUAAGUUAUGCCCAUUUGACGAGGUCAGUCAACGUCCUAAAGAUGGAGGAUCUGAAACUCGCUUGGGAUCUUGGAAUAGUUGGGUAGAUAAUAAAUAUGACGUAAUGUUCUACAGUGGAGGACAGUCGUGCUGGAAUGGUCCUCAGAGACAAGCGCAUGUGAGAUUAACUUGUAGCACAAAUACCGAAGUUGUAGGAGCUUCAGAACCAAGUAGAUGUGAAUAUUUAUUGGAAUUCCAUACACCGGCUGCUUGUUUGAUGAAAGACAUAAAAGAAACUAUAAUUGAUCAACACGACGAACUUUAAUUAUGCACGCAGCUUUUUUUUUGUCAUGAUUUGGCAAAUGAUGAUUUCCUUCAAUAAAUUCCGUGUUUCAUGUUGAAACUAUUAUUUAUGGUUAUGAAUAUUAUUUACGUGUGUGUUUCCGUUUAAAUUUAAGGUCGUCAAAAAUUUUAGUCUUGUUUUCUUCACAUUUUAUUUAAUUUCGUUAUUUUUGUUCUUCAAGUAUUACGAGAUUCUAUUUUUAAUUAUCAUGAUAGUAGAUUUUAUUUUUAAUGAAGUUGCUGUGAAAUUUUUUUUUUCAAUAGGAUUUUGUAGGAUUGGGAGUUGAAUUUUGUUAAUCAAUUUAUACUUAAAUUUUCAUUUUAUCGGUAUUUUGUAUUAAAAUGUUGUACGUUGAAAACUGUAAUUUUAUAUGUACCUAUUUUAUUUCUUUUUCUAUACCUAUUAUUAUAAAAUGUCAUCGUUUCAUGA